UAUAGAAAGUAAAUCUUCACAUACUAACUUUUGACUAAAUGAAGUACUUAACUAUUCUUGUCUCCUAUACCAUAUUUAGUGUCUGAAAAAUGCUCAAUUUAUAUCCCAUUUUCUCAGUUCACUGCUACACAAACUCAAAACCUACUAUCUCAGCUAAAUGGAAUUUCACCUCUCUACUGCAACAACAAGCUUGCUUACCUUGCUACUAUUUCUCUACUGUCUGCUAAAAUGGAAAAAUUACACCCAUACUAAUAAAGGAAAAGAGCCUCCUAUACCAUCUAAUUCAUGGCCUAUUAUUGGCCACCUACAUCUUCUAAGUGGCCUUCCUCACAUAUCAUUAGGAAAAUUAGCAGAUACAUAUGGUCCAAUCUUCAUGAUUAAGCUCGGAAAAGACCGAGCUUUGGUUGUAAGCUCAGCAGAAAUGGCAAAACAGUGCUUAGGUGCUGGUGACAAAGUAUUUUUAAACAGACCUCACAAAAUCUUUGUAGAACAUAUGGCUUACAACACUGCCUUGUUAGGCUUUAGCCCGUAUGGAGAAUACUGGCGCGAGCUGCGUAAGAUAAUCACUAUUGAAUUAUUGUCGAAUCAUCGGGUAGAGAUGUUUAAGAAUGUCAGAGUUUCUGAAGUAAGAUCAGGUAUAAACAGAAUAUCAGGUACAGGGUCUGAAUUAGUUGAUAUGAAACAAUGGUUUCAUGACAUAAGCAUAAACACUAUAAUAAGAUUAGUUUCAGGCAAGUCCUCGAUUGAAUUUCACCAAAGUGAGGUACAUAAUCAGUGCAUGAAGGCGAUCAGGGAUUUCUUCGAACUGGCAGGCGUAUUCGUCCCUGCAGAUGCACUUCCGUUUUUGAGGUGGCUAGAUAUUGGAGGGUAUGAGAAGAAAAUGAAAAGGGUCGCAAAAGUGAUUGAUGUUGUAGCUCAAAAGUGGUUGGAGGAGCACAAAGAAAGAAAAAGCUCGAAAGAGAAAGAUGAAAAGAGGGAUUUCAUGGAUGUGAUGCUCAGUGUUUUUGAGACUGGACAGGAUAAACCUUUCAAAUUUGAUUCAGAUACAAUUAUCAAAGCCACUUCCAUGGCCAUGAUUUUAGCAGCAACAGACACCACAGCAGUAACCCUAACAUGGGCACUUUCAUUGCUACUCAACAAUAAGGAUAUCCUGAAGAAGACUCAGGCUGAGCUCGACAACGUGGUGGGAAAAGAGAGGCAGGUGGAAGAAUCGGACCUCAAGAAUUUAGUUUACUUACAAGCUGUUCUUAAGGAGACUAUGAGACUAUACCCUGCUGCACCUCUUUCAGUCCCUCGGGAAGCCAUUACAGAUUGCACUGUGAGCGGUUACUACAUCCCAGUUGGCACUCAGCUGUUUGUUAAUCUUUACAAAAUACACAGAGAUCCAGAAGUGUGGGAAGACCCUUUGGAGUUUCAUCCUGAAAGGUUUCUUACAACUUAUAAACAGUAUGAUGUUAGAGGCCAGCAAUUUGAAUACAUGCCAUUUGGAAGUGGUAGGAGGAUCUGUCCUGGUAUAUCCUUUGCCCUACUAGCCAUGCAGUUUACACUAGCUAGUUUACUUCAUGGAUUUGACAUCUCAAUUCCAUGUGAUGGAACUGUCGACAUGACAGAAGGUUUCGGACUAACCAACCUGAAAGCUACACCACUUGAAGUCAUCGCCACACACCGCCUUCCGCGUAACAUAUAUAGUGAUAUGAAUGUCAAUUGACUUUUAUAUAUUUUACCACCUUCUAAUAAGUACUGAAACUAGCAUCCCACAAUCAACAUAAUUACAAUAUUUCACAAUGCUAUGUUUUGACAUUAGUGUGAACUAUUGGGUAAUUGUAAUUGUCUACUCUUGUUGCUAGAAUAAGUUAGCUUGGAUAGAAAGCUAUAUAAGUAGAGAUAAUGAGGAGAGGAGAGGCAUGUAAGAAUGUUAUUUCUUAGUAAAGUUUCAAGAGUCUUAAAUGUGUAUCUCAAACAAGUAUAUGUGCAGGUGUACACUUGGUUAUUUUCAAAA